AUGGACUCCCACCAAGUGCUGCUAGCUGCCGUGUACCUGCUGGGAACCCUGGUUGCUUUCUGCCAUGGUCAGUCCCGACUGGAUGACUCAGGUCUCCAGGUGACACUAAGUGGCCUCAACUCCAAGUGUCAGGGUAAACUGGAGGUUCAGAUGGAAGGCCUGUGGAGGACUGUGUGCAGUUCCAGUUGGAGCUGGAAGCAGGGCCUCUGGAGAAAUCCCCAUCAAGUCUCUGGAGUGUGCCAGCAGCUGGGAUGUGGUGACCCCUUGGUCCUCGGCUACUUCUCUUUAUUGAACAUAUCCCAGCACCAGAUCCUCUGUCACGGACCCCUGGGGUCUUUCUCCAACUGCAGCAGAAACUCACCAGCCAGGUGCCUUCCACUGACCCUGAUCUGCCAAGAGCCCUUAAGGAUGACACCUCCACCCACAACUGCUCCACCCACCACCGUGCCGGAGCCCACAGCUCCUCCCAGACUGCAGCUGGUGCCGGGACACGAGGGCCUGAGGUGUGCGGGUGUGGUGGAAUUCUACAACGGCAGCAGAGGUGGCACCAUCCUCUAUGAGGCCAAGGACAGGCCCCUGGGCCUGGGGAACCUUAUCUGUAACGCUCUGCAGUGUGGAUCUUUCUUGACACAUCUGUCGAAGCCAGAGGCAGCAGCAACGACAGCUCCUGAAGAGCUGAAGGGCCCCAAGCCCUUGCCAAUUCGAUGGGAGGUGCAGAAUGCGAGCUGUGCCUCGCUGGAGCAGUGCUUCCAGAAAACGAUGCCCCAGGAGAGCGGCCAGGAGCUAUCGGUCGUCUGUUCUGGUUUCCAGCCCAAGGUUCAGAGCCGCCUGGUGGGGGGCAGCAGCGUGUGUGAGGGCAUCGCUGAAGUGCGCCAGGGAUCACAGUGGGCUGCUCUGUGUGACAGUAAUAUGGCCAGGGGUCCGGCGCGGUGGGAGGAGCUGUGUCAGGAGCAGCAGUGUGGCAACCUCCUCUCCUUCCGUGCGCUGGAUGCUGACAAGUCCACCCCUGGGCUCUUCUGUACCCAGGAGAAGCUGUCUCGGUGUUACCAGCUUCAGAAAAAGAAGUGCAAGAGGGUGUUCGUCACGUGCCAAGACCCAAACCCAGCAGGCCUGGCCCCAGGCACUGUGGCCAGCAUCAUCCUGACCCUUGUCCUCCUGGUGGUGCUGCUGGUCAUGUGUGGGCCUCUGAUCUACAAGAAGCUGGUGAAGAAAUUCCGUCAGAAGAAGCAGCGUCAGUGGAUUGGCCCCACGGGAGUGAACCAGAACGUGUCUUUCCACCGCAGCCACACGGCAACUGUAAGGCUUGAGACCCCGAUAACCUCUCAUGUGGACAAUGAAUACAGUCAGCCUUCCAGGAACUCCCACCUGUCAGCUUACCCAGCUCUGGAAGGGGCUCUACACCGUGCUUCCACCCAGCCUGACAAUUCCUCUGAUAGCGACUAUGACCUGCAAGUGGCCCAGAGACUAUAA